GGCGGGAAACUGGCAAACAGCAAAAGCGAAUGAAAAUACGGCGGUGCUCGGCGCUGGGGAGAAAGAGAGACAGUGCGAAUUACGGCGAGCAUAUAUAUCCUCUCCCCGCGCGCUAGAACGAAGCUGUGUGUGUGUGUGUGUGUGAAUGUGAUCCAAGCACAAGGAGCAACAUAAUGUAAUGAGAAGAGAAAGAAGAAAAAACACACACCUCCAUCCCAGCAAGCGAGUCGUAGUGCCGAAGCGGUCUCCUCCGCAUACUCAUGCACACAGCCACACGCACACACCUGUGCGCAUGGGAAAGGGGGCUGGGGCGGUUGUGGGGACUGUGUGGGCAUGAAUGGUGGAAGCAAACGGCGAGGGAGAAAGGCAGCACAAAAAUAAUAAGAGAAUCAAGACAUUAACACAUGAAGAAGCAGCGAAAAAAAACGCUUGAAGCAAUGCAAAAAGUCGCCACUGGUGGACCACGAUGGCAUGCGUGAGGGUUAUUUUCUGAAAACAUUCAAUCGGUUUACAAGUGCAAGAAGAACGGUGUCUGUGUCGUGUCGAACAGUUUAUUGGUCUGUAGUGCUGAAGCGGUUGUUUGGUGGAGCGAGAAGUAGCGCGAGAGGACAGUGUUUUCCGGUUCCGGUGGACGGUGAAGUUGGCAUCUUGUGUUCGGAAGUGUUGUGUUUUGGGAGUAAAAUUGAAACGUAAAGCGUAAAACAAGCGAGGGGGGGUACAUACACCCAAGCAUAUAAGAGCUGCGCUCUGGACGCCGGCUUGAGCGGCCCUUCGUAAGGCAAAUUUCGAUUGUAAAGGUGUGGUUACGAACUGUUCAGUAGUGUUGGAGUCGCAAGGAGCCCUCCUCUGUUCGUUAUUCGGAGUCCCUGUACACGUGGCUGCGAAGUACGCUGUGUUAUUACUAGAUAUUUUGCAACGAAACGAGCUGAAAACGAGAUCCACAAAACGUACAGAUAAACAAACAAACAGGCAUAGGAACACACUACAAGUGGUUUGAGCGAUGAGUGCCCCUGAAGACAGCACUGCGACCGCCCAGCCUGCCCCAGACCAUCAUCAUCAUCAUCUUCAUCAUCAUCACCAUCACCAGCAAAAUGUUGUGUCAGCAGCGGCCGCUACCGCCUCGUCUGCAUCAUCGGCGACAGUAGUGGCAGGAGCCACGGCAGUCCCAGCACCGACAAACACUGGCCCGCCCACAGCAGCAACGGCCACGCUGAGUGUACCAGCAGCACCGGCGGCGGAUAUUGUUACCGGAAGCGGUGCCAGUGCGUCCACAACGCUUCCCGCCAUCAAAGCAGGAGGCAAUAGCAGUCACGCCACCAUUCUUACUACCACUAGCCACAGCAAAGAGGUUGCCGGUGGUACGGCAACCAAUCCCGCUGCACAGGAUGGAAGCAAUGCUGCUCCCGGGGUCGUCGGUCCCAGCGAUGCUACCGAUGCGACGAGCAGCAGCGAUUCGGAUAAGGCACCGGCGGCAGCAACAGCAGCAGCAGCCAUUAUCACCUCCAGUCCACCGGGGGCCGAUGAGGGAGCGGCUGCUGCCACGUCGGAUAGCUUCGCCUCGGUAGAGGUCGGUUCGACCGGUGGCACAUCUACGCCACUGGCGGCAGCAUCGCCUGCCUCCCUGACUGGUGGCGAUAUUGGUGGGCCGAAGCCGUUACCUCUGUCGGGAUGUGGUUCCUUGAUGGUCGCCGGCAGCAUCGUCGUGCCGAACGGUGAAGGUGGUGACAGUAAUCCCAGCGUACCUGUAUUGUCAGGUACCGCUACUACGAUACCGCUUCGUGGGCGUGAUGUGACCGACAAACACGCCGUGGAUUAUCACUACCGAAUGCUAGAAGAGGAGCUGCAGGCGGUAAAGGAGUCCGAGGCAAAGAUUAAACAACAGUAUAGCGAGUCUCAGCGCCGGGAACGCAUCCUUGCACGGCGCGUCGCGGUACAGGAGCAGGAAAUGCGCGACUUUUCGAAACAAAUAGCGGAACUGAAAUCGGCCCAGGCGCCCGGUCCGGCUGCACUGCGAUCGGCCCUGCUCGAUCCCGCGGUCAAUAUACUCUUUCAGAAGCUUAAAGCGGAACUGCAGGCGACCAAGGCGAAGCUGAAGGAAACACAGAACGAGCUGUCGGCGUGGAAGUUUACGCCGGACUCGAACACCGGCAAGCGACUGAUGGCCAAAUGCCGAUUGCUCUACCAGGAAAACGAAGAGCUGGGCAAAAUGACAUCGAACGGCCGGCUGGCAAAGCUGGAGAGCGAGCUUGCGCUGCAGAAGAGCUACAACGAGGAGGUGAAAAAAUCACAGCUAGAGCUGGAUGAUUUUCUGCAAGAGCUGGACGAAGAUGUGGAGGGUAUGCAGGGUACGAUCGUGUUCCUUCAGCAGGAACUAAAGCAGACGAAGGACGCGCGGAACGAAAUAGAAAAGGAGGUGAUCCAGCUACGCGCCUACAUCGCGGCUAAUUUGGGCCCCUUCUCCGGCAGCGGCAACAACCCGACCAGCGGCAGUACGCCCACCGACGAGCGCAGCUCUUCGAUGAUGAUGAUGAUGGAUGUGCAGGACAGCAAUAGCAACAGUAACAGCCACGGACACGACGCCUACCACCAUCCGGACGGUGGCGGUCCGGACAGCAUCGGCGGUCGAGGCGUCAGGCUGGGUGAACUGGGCGGUGGUGUUACCCCGAUCUAUCUAGUGAACGGUGGCGGUGGUGGUGGUGGUGCUGGUGCUGGAGGUGCAAGUAGUAGUAGCGGCGGCACCGUGAUUGACGCCGCAAGCAGACUGGUGAAUAAAAGUUCAAGUAGUGGUGAUGAUCAAGAUUUGAUGGUGUACAGCAAUCGGACGCACUGUGGUGGCGUAGUUACGAAUAGCAAUGAGUUACGAACUACACCGACAACCGGUGCCGCUGGCGCUUUGCCUGCAGCAGCAUCGGUGGCGACCGCAGCAGCAGUAUCGUCCUUGUCUGCACUGCUGCCAGGAUCGGUGCCCGAUCCCGGCAUCGGCGGUGGCGGCAGCAGCGCCAACAGUAACACUGCGACAGUGAACGGUGGUGCGGCAGGCAGCGGUGGUGAACCGUUAGUUAAUGAACUGCAUGAUUCACUGGUGCCCAGUGAGGGCACCAGAACAAGUGGCGGUAAUACCGAUAGCAAUAGUGGUGGAAACGUGGCCGACACCGGUAACAGUGUGAAUAGUACGAACAGCAGCAGCAGCAGCAGCAGCAGCAGUCUCGCCGUUGCGAAGCAACCACACCAGCCGCAGCAGCAGCAACAGCAGCCACAGCAACAGCGAACUAACAACAAUGUGGGUCGAAACGGUGGACGAACAACAGUGGCCGCUAGAAAGCGCAAUUACAAUGAAACCGAGGUUGAUUCGGCCGAGCAAACCGACGGUGGUAGUGGCGGCGGUGUGGUCAGUAGUAGUGACGCUUACCGAAGCGAAAGUGGUGUUGACGGUGUGCUAGUGAUGGACGUUGGUGUGGCGGAAAGUAGUGCUACUAGUGGUGUCGCGAACGGGAAGCUGGCAAUUGCCGACGGUUCGCUCUUGCCGGAACAGCAGCAGGACGUCGAAUCGUCCAACAGCAACAAGCGCAUGACACGAUCGGGUAAGGGUAAGGCGGCUGCAGCCACCACCACCACCAUCUCCUCCUCCUCCACCUCCUCCUCAUCCUCAUCAUCAUCAUCAUCGGCUGCGUCGAACGUGUUAAUGACGAGUGCGGCGAAAAAGCUUCGAAGAGGCUCGAUCGCUCCGGACGACGAGGUUGAUCCGUUGGCCGAUCCACAGCCAUCACCACAGCAACAGCCGCAGCAACCGAUAUCGUCGGCAAACGGUUCGAAUUAGGCUCGAGUUCGUUUGGUUCGCGGUGUUACACACGUUGGGUAAGGACGCCUGCGAGCAUGUUUUCGGAAAUAGUACCAUUUCUCUUUAAGGAGCCGUGGGACGCGAAGGGGACGGGAGCAAGCUUAUGUGCAUGAUUGGUGUGUCUGACGAGGGAAAACUGCGAUCUCUACUCCUGUGGACAGAUUGCACCGAUGGGAAGUCAAGGCAAGGCUCAACAAGCAACGUAUAUCAGCUGUUUUCAAAUGGUGUCAAGCAUAACGAACUCGUGUGUUGUUCGCGCUACUCAUUACAUUAUUGCAAAGGCUCGAGGAGCGCGUGCUGCGCAGAAAGGAAUUAUGCGAUCAAUUAUCGCUCCUAGACAGGUAGGAUGCGCGUGGUUCGACAGCGGACAGCGGGGAAUGUAGCAAGUAAAAAAGUACAUUUAAAAAGCAAAACAAACACAAACAGACAAAGUCGGGACGGAGAAACAGAUUAGGGGAAAGAGCUCGAGAAAGAGAGCGAGAGAGUGAGAAGAGAAGAGAGAGAAAGGAGAGAACGUUGAGCUAAACAAACAACCAAUAUUGUGUAGGGUCACAGUAAAACAUACAAAAACACGAGAAAACAAGACAAAAAUGCUGCUAAAUAAAGAAAGUAAUUAAGUAAGCUAAACUGUAA